AUGGGACGACAACACCAACAACAACGAGACAUUGAAGUAAAAAAUAGUGAUAAUAAUAAUAAUAAUAAUAAUAAUUCAUAUGAAAAUAAUAAUAAUAAUAAUAAUAAUUAUGYAAAACGUUUUCAACAAUUWAUCGGCUCAUGUAUGCAUAACAUUCAACAAUCAUCAGUUAAACAAAAACUACUUGUCCUAAUCAAGUGUGCAGUCAUAGUGUUUUGCACCGGCGGUUUUGGCUACCAAUCCUAUACACUAUGUCGKGAAUAUCUGAAAGGCCAGACAGUUGUYACCAUUAAAGUCGAACAAAUCAAAUACAAUCGCAUACCAGGCCUAACGGUAUGCUAUCCCCAGUUAGUAUCCAUGGAAUCGAUGGCCAGUGAUAGGGAUAGUCASGGAUGGGAUACCCGCCGACAACAGUGGUCACUAUUAUUUCAGGACUACCGUCGACUACUAGAGUCGCUGACAAAUGAUUGGCAAUUAGACGGGAAAAACCUUAGCCGUCAGCUCCGGGACCUGUAUUAUCAACAAUUUUCCCAUAUAGUUGACCAGUCGGUACCGGUUAGGCAACUGUUUCGAUGGAGUAUACCGUUUGCUUACCAGCGAAACAGUAGCCUAUUUACACCGGAUAAACCAACUGACUAUUCAAUUGAUAUGACCGUACGGGCCAUACGGUUGUUCCGUAAUAAUCGGUCUAUCGAUACGGUAGAGCUCAGGGAUACCGAUCCUAUUGARUCGAUAGUAUUACCGGAUGAUGACCACAGGCAAGGCUUCAAAUGUUUUACAUUUUUCAGUCAUCUGCGCCCAGUUUGGCGCCAGUAUCAAGUAGAUUUAAAACAUUUACAAUUGGAUAUCUAUCACCAUGAAAACUGGUUUCCGCCUACACUAUACAAUAGCAAUGGUGGUAAUGAUGGCGGCACCGGUAGAUCAUCAUCAUCAGCAUCACAAUCGCCACCAUUACUACUAUCACUGGCCAUGCACUCGCCACUGGCCAUACCCCAGCAAAUGUCGGUAAAUAAUUUUAUUAGACUAAAACCCGGUAAAUGGUAUGAAAUGACAUACAAUCGAUGGAAAACAUGGCUAUUGCCCGAACCGUACGAUACCCGAUGCCGUAACUAUGAUAUAAAAACGGGCGAUAAUAUAGGAGAAGCGACACACGACUAUAGUGUCCGAACUGAUUGUGUCAAUGCCUGUGUCUAUCAGCAACUAAGACAACGAUGCGGUAGUCUAUGUGUGUAUAAUAAUACUAAUAAUGAGGGAACUGGUGUUAGAAGUAUCGGUCCUCAAGUGUCGGACAACAACUGUACGGAAUGUUUCUACCGAUCCGAUAGUCUAUGGCGUCGAUCGCUAGCAUUUGACGGCUGCUAUGAUCCGGGUGUCGGAGGAGGCGUCAAACAUGGCGACUGUUUAGGACAGGUAUGUCCUAAGUUACUGUCCACCAAAACUACUACUACCAACGUCACCGAUAAAGAUGCUGAUGUCCAGCUCACCUACCGGUGCUUGAGGCAAGAGCUGCCACGUGUUACCAGUGAAUGCGAAAACAAUACCUGUCCUAUGGAUUGUGUCAAUCAUUUCUAUAAUUUGGAUAUUAAAACAACUAAUAAAAUGCCCGAUUUAUCUACCUGGUCCCGACAUACCCGGGUAGAGAUAGCCCACAAUCAAUUGCCCGAUCAGAUAACCCAACACAUACCGGAAAUGUCGUUUACCCAGUUUGCCGGUAAUUUUGGUGGACUAUUGGGUAUGUGGUUAGGACUGUCGGCAUUGGCUAUCAUGAACUUCCUAUUGAGUCUUGUCUAA